GUGUGACGUGGUUGGUUGCAGAAAACCGUUCUCGUUGGAAGCUCUCGCAGCCGUCGCCGCUGCCUUCCUGCCCCGUCUGCCUGCUUGCCUAUUUGCCUGCUCGGCCUGCUCUCUGUGGGCCUGCUGUGGGCUCCAGGGUGAAUUUACACCGUUUUUUUUAUUCUGUGGGAAGACUUUUGUAAAUUCUGUGGAUUCUGGACUUAGUGUCGCGACUGGAGCGGUUAAGUGAAGAGCGCGACUGGGGAGACUCGAACGCCGCUGAGGAAAAUUUUGGGCGUCAGCCAUGUGUAGCACCAAGGAGGUCAGCCCGGAGGAGGAGAGCUCUGACGUCACCGCUACGCCCGAGGGAACCGAACAAACGCACCCGGCCAUGAACGGCAACGCGGAGGAUUUGAGCAUGCAAGCUUACACGAACAUUCACGCCGAAGCGAUCCCCCAGGCUGACGCAAAGCGGCAGUUCAGCGCUGGUUCGCACGACGCCAGGGAGUUUGCUUGCGAAGUCAGCUGCACGAUGAAGACCUGCGUGCGAGAGAAGCCGUCCGCCACUGCCGUCGACGUUGGGGGCGACGGGAUGGAUGCCGGUGGCAACGGCGCCCCUAAGAAAAAGAGGUCCGCCCUCACGAGGCUCAGCGCGUACGUGACGAACGGGAUGGAAGGCGCCUUCGAGAGACACGGGCGCCGGGUUGCCGCAAACGCCCACACCACGGCCGCCCUCUGCAUGGUGUUCUCCGCCCUCUGUUCCCUCGGCAGUUUCUACUUCGUGACUGAACUUCGGCCGUACAGCCUGUGGCUUCCGCAGGACUCCGAGUUCAUCAAGGUCCUGAACUGGCAAAGCAAGAACUUCCCGAACACGUACCGCCGCCAUGUAGCCUUCUGGGAGGCCGACAACAUCCUAACGGCACGAGCGAUCCAGGAGAUGUGGCGCCUCCACGUCCGCGUCGCCGACAUCGCCGUGGGCCCCAACGCCACGUCGUGGGAUAACUUGUGCGCGCGCGUCCCCUCCCUCCCGACGCAGGUGGAGUCCCUGGAGGAGGACUACGCGGACUACGAGUACGGGGUGCUCACGCGUCGACGCCGAGAUAACGGCCACUUCCUGGACUACGACAUGAGCCUGAGCAUGUCGCGCGAGGACUACUGCGCCACGAUGGACAGCUUGCCGAAGGUCUGCCUCGAAACGAGCCUCCUGGAGGUGUGGGGGCUGGACGAGGAGCGCAUCCUGAACCUCACCGACGAGCAGGUCCUGGAGGACAUCAACUCCAAGCAGAUUAGCGAGGUGUUCGGCUACGGCGUCAACUUCACCAAGUACCUGGGCAGCAUCUCGUACGACGAGGAAGGCAGGGUCGUCUCCGCGGGCGGCGCCAUCCACGUGUGGGUGACCACCGUCGACCACGAGGCCGUGGACCGUGGCAACAUCGUAGUGGACCAAGGGAAUGGCGAGCUGGUGGACGUCAACGGCUUCGCCUGGGAGGACAGGUGGGUCAAAACGGUCCUGAACGACUCCUCGCGGCCGAAGGACAUCCGCGCCUUCGCCCAGUCCGCCAGCAGCUUCGGCAAAGUGAGCGACGAGAACAUCUGGGGCGACGUGAAGUGGCUCGUGCUGGGCUUCUCUCUGAUGUGCAUGUUCGUCAACAUGACUCUCGGCCGGAGGAACCUCGUGCAGCAAAGGCCAAUGCUGGCCUUCAUGGGCAUGGUGAGCGUCGCGCAAGCCAUAGCAGUGUCCUAUGGGCUGUGUUCGUUGAUGGGUAUUCCUUACUGCCCUGUGAAUUCCAUCCUGCCCAUCCUUCUCAUAGGACUCGGUGUGGACGACAUGUUCGUCAUCAUGGCGGCGUGGGAGUCGGUGGGUCGGAAGAAGGGCGUCACGACGCUGACGGAGCGCGCGGGCGUCGCCAUGCGUCACGCCGGAGUCGCCAUCACGGUCACUUCUCUCACCGACGUCACCGCUUUCGCCGUGGGAGCUACGACUGACCUGCCUGCCCUUCGCUCCUUCUGCAUUUAUGCUGCUGUGGGGAUAUUUGCUGUAUAUAUCCUUCAGUCUACGUUCUUCUUGGCUUGGCUGGUACGAGACGAGAGGAGGAUGGAAGAGAACAAAAAUGGAUUCUUUUGGUGCAUCACUCACAAGGACUGGAAACCCUGGGCAUGCAGCAAGCGCGACCUGCUCGGAGACGUAUUCAAGCACGGCUUCUGCCCCUUUAUUCUCUCGGCCCCCAUGAGGGCCAUCAUCCUCCUCGGCACGGGCGCCCUCGUGGCUUCCUCUAUCUGGUCGACUAUGAACUUGCGCAAAGAAUUCAACGCCAAGUGGUUCAUCCCCAAGACCUCCUACCUGCACGAAACCUUUGAAAUUGCCGAAAAACACUUUCCGGAUGCUGGUCAAGCCGGGUAUUUGUACUUUGCUAAUGUCUCCUUGCCAGAAGAUCUCCCGGCACUCAACGAAAUGAUAAAAGACCUCGAGGAUACUGAAGUGAUACAGUCUAUCGACCCUUGGUUCUCAGCUCUCGACCGAUACAUAGCUCAGAAACCAGAGCUAACCAACUCGACUCUAGAUUAUGCUCUGCUACAAGACACGCUCUCGAUUUUCCUCCAGUCCUCUUCAGGGGCCUCGUACAGGAGGGACUUUAAGGUAGACGGGAAUCUAGACUGCCGUGCUCCUGCGCCACCGGUCACGUCCUUCAGGAUAUCUUUCAUGCAUCUUCCUACAGAGGGUUCCCAAGAAGAGUCCCAUGCACUGCAGGCCGUCAAGUCAGUCAUCGAAUCAGUGCCAAUCAAAGGCUUCAAGGCUGCGUGGGCACAAGCCUACAGUGUCUGGGAGACUAACGAGGUAGUAGGACACGAGCUGUGGAGGAAUAUGAUACUGGCAGCGGCAGUGGUAGGUGUGGUUACACUCAUCCUGCUGGCGUCCUUCUGGUCCGCAAUGCUCGUGCUGGCGUGCGUGGCAGCCACCGUGGUCGGGGUUUCCGGUACAAUGGCGAUCUGGGGGCUGACGGUCGACACAGUGUCCUGCAUUGCGUUGGUGUUGGCCAUCGGGCUCAGCGUCGACUACGCAGCCCACAUCUCCCACGCGUUCCUGGCGAUCCGGGACGUCAAGGACAGGAAGGAAAGAGCGAGAGCUGCCCUCGAAGGAGUCGGCCCGGCUGUCUUACAAGGAGGCUUCUCCACGCUCUUGUCUUUCAUCCUUCUUGCCGGAUCGUCUUCUCACGUAUUCAUAACUUUCUUCAAGGUCUUCACAGCAGCGUCGGUCCUUGGUCUUUACUACGGCCUUGUGUUCCUCCCUGUAAUCCUGUCGUUCGUCGGUCCUGAGCCUUACGCGGACAGGGAAGACGACGACUUCGUCCCGACGACUCAACCACAGCACGACAUCGCUUAUACAAAUGAUGCCUUUACUCCCGAUCCCGACACAGAAAGCAAAAUCGUUACACAGUUUUAAUAUCUGGAAUACUGACCUAUCGUGCGUUUGGUGAAAAAUUUCUAAACUUAAUCAGGACUGUGAUAGUGUGUUUGGUAAAAGGAUUUGCCACUGGAAAACUAUGUACCACAUUAAAGAGGCAGCAGCACACCAAAUAUAUCUAAAGAUAGAUGGCAACCGUUUUUUCUUUUUUAAGAAAAAAAAAUAAAAAAGGAUAUCAAUGAGGUUAUUAAUUCUCAUAUAUAUAUUUUUUAUACAUUUGUCACAAUCAAUUCUCUUAAAAUGCUUUUGUAAAUGAGGAGACGCAGCAUUUUACACACUGUACAUAAUUUACAUAGCACAUGUACAUACUGUACUUUGCUACCUCAUCUUAACCUUCUCGUGGCGGAAAAAGAAUACCAAAUGUCACCACUUUUUGUAUAUAUAUUUUCAAUAUUGUUGCUUUUUCAUCUAUGUACCUACAAUCUUGCAAAAGAAACUGAUGUAUCAUAGUAUCCUCUAUAUUCAAAGAUGACACGUAAGUGAACUGUGUCAGCAUUUAUUAUUAUUAUUUUCUUCAUGUGGGUAGCUUUAUCCUUUAUAUCUAUCACUGCUUCUGUUACCUUAUAAGGCAAGAGGCAUUAUGUAAAUAGACAGAGGGCAAGUGCAAUAAAGAAGAAUCCGGAACAAAGGAUAUAGUUUAUAAAGGAUUAUCUUUGAUUUCGGAACUUUUAUUUUUUUCCAGCGAGUGGAAAUAUGCUUUAAUAUUCAUCUUGCCUUAUAUUAAGUAUCUGUCUUAUAAGAGUUUAUAUAUUAAGUACUUUUUCUUCACUUCUUUUCAUUUAUUCUCCUAGUACCUGUGUUGAAACAUAUACUGUACCUGUAGUUAUCAAAAUCAAUUGGAUGACAAAAAAAGAAAGAAUAUCAUGGUGCAGUAUUGCUCAUUAUUAUGGAAUGUAUGUAAUUUUGUAUAGUAUAAUGUCAAUAAAUUUUUUUUAAACAGUGCUUUCUUUUACAUCAAAUACCUUUAACCAUUAUUAUGUCACUGCAUGUAUAUAUAUAACUAUAACUAUCUAUUUAUAUGAUAUACAGAAAACUUAUAUUUCCAUACACACACACACACACACACACACACACACACACACACACAC